AUGCCACGAACUCGAGCGCGAGAAGCAUUUGUCCCUCCCCUGUCUACGGACUCUGGAUGGCCACGUCGUAAAGGAUUAGCGGGAGAAGAUGCUGCAUUGACUCAGGAUGCGGUGGAACCAUCGGGUUGGAGUGGAUCCGUGGAUCCUGUUUCGUCACUUGGUGGUAAGGCAAGCAGUGAAUGGGGCGGCUGGGAAUCCAGAGAACACGAUGUGGGUGAGAACCAGCAGCGGGAGGGGAGUCCAAUGGACGUGGAUGACUUCGCAGUCGUAUCGAAUGACGUGUUGGACCUGGAGAAUCUGCACCCAACAUGUCAUCAAGAGUCAGAGGCACCCAGAGACAAAAAUACACACUCGUGGCGCCCUGAUGUGGACGACCCGUUGGACCUAGAGGAGCAACCAAGCCACGUAAAGUUUCGGUUGGAAGUGUUCCGCACCCUGGCCGAUGCAGUCGCCGACGAGCUCACUCAGCAACCAAAGCGCCCAACGGCCUUACCGGAAUCACAGGACAUGGGUGCUACGAGGCCUCCAGCCACCCAGAAAGAAUCGACCGUCGACAAGUUAUGUCAGUUCCCCGAGCUUUCCGUCAGGAAGCUAGGGGCAUUUUACUGCCAAGACGAUAUCCGCUCGAUGGAGCAACACUGCGAAGAUCUUGGUCAUUGGGUUCAGACGAUUCGUUCGAACACACUAAUUCCUCUACAAGGUCUCAUACAGAGAAUAAGGGCCUAUGACGCAGACCAAGAUCGAGAGUGGGAAAGAUUUCUACGUAAAAGGGCAAGCGGCGGCGAGGAUCCAGGUCCUUUUAAAUUGAAGUGGCUGCCACUAUUCAGGGAAGAGGACAGCAGGAUUGGCUAUUUCAACCGGAGGAUUUCAAGAUUGAAUGUCGAGGAGAAGAUAGCAAACCUGGAAGAAAGGUUGAGAAAAUGCAACGACGCGAUUGAUAGCGUCUCUUCCUCCAAGGCUUCGAGAAAGAAGCUCGACCUCGCUCCUCUUGCCAUUCCAGAACCUGGGACAUUGGAAAAUGGUCUUCGACGGGAAGUACGGAAUGCAAUCAUGGAUGACAUUGAACACGAGAUAACGAGACAAAUGGUUAUAGCAUGUCGCCUGGGUCAAAUGCUGGUCGAUCAGGACGCUGUAGAGUCCCCACCACAGACAAAAACUCUCUCGAUACAAAAGGACGUCAUCGGAGCACUGGCACUUCAAGUCAGGGGCAGCCUCUUCACAGAAGCCAUCCAGGAAGCCAAAAGCGCAUUGGACAUAGCACAUCAAGAGAUGCUGACGGAACUCGCAGACCAUGUCGCAAACACACUCGAUUCCAUACAGAACUCGGUGUUACAAGCGUUCAACCAAAGACAAGCAUCCGACUAG